CAUCAUGAAGCAGACCUGGAGCGGAGCUCUCUGCUGUUUCCUUGUGUUGGUCGCCCAAGUUCAGUGUCUCAAGUAUCGUCCUCACAGAGUCCGGACCCAGAAAGCUCGCCUCCCAGUGACGGUCAAGUCCACCAGGACAGCCCUUUCACAGCACAGUAAUGUUAUACAAGAAGCACAAUGUAAAAUUCAGCCUCAAGAUCUGGUUUUUAUUAUCGAUAGUUCCCGCAGUGUCCGGCCGCAGGAGUUUGAAAAAGUGAGAGUCUUUCUGGCUAAUAUGAUUGACACAUUGGACGUUGGGCCCGACAGGACCCGAGUAGCCAUUCUCAACUAUGCAAGCACUGUGAAGGAGGAGUUCAUGCUCAAAACUUACAGUAAUAAGAAAGACAUGAAGCAAGCAGUUUAUCAAAUCGAACCUCUUUCAACCGGUACUAUGACAGGCCUGGCCAUUGAGAGUGCAAUGAACAAGGCUUUUACGAAGUCUUCAGGAGCAAGACCAGAGGAACUUGGUAUCUCUAAAGUAGCCAUCAUUGUGACAGAUGGGAGACCCCAGGACCAAGUGGCAGAAAUAUCUGCAAGUGCUCGAGCUUCUGGCAUUGAAAUCUAUGCUGUUGGUGUGGACAGGGCUGACAUGCAGUCUCUGAGGCUAAUGGCCAGUGAACCUUUGGAUGACCAUGUCUUCUAUGUGGAAACAUAUGGUGUGAUAGAGAAGCUGACUUCUAAAUUCAUGGAGACCCUUUGUGAACGUGUUGCAGGUGUGGAUUUCUGCGCUGUUGGUAACCAUGACUGUCAGCAAGUAUGUGUGAGCACAGCGAGAUCAUAUUACUGCAGGUGUCGUCCAGGUUUUACACUGAAUGAAGACCAGAAAACCUGCUCACGUGUGAAUGUGUGUGCCAUUGGAAACCAUGAUUGUGAGCAACUAUGUAUAAACACCACAACUGGCUAUUCCUGCAAGUGUCGUCCAGGUUUUAUAUUGAAUGAGGACCAGAAAACCUGCUCACGUGAGAAUAUGUGUGCUAUUGGAGACCAUGACUGUGAGCACAUAUGUGUGAGCACAGCAACAUCCUAUUACUGCAGGUGUCGUCCAGGUUUUACAUUGAAUGAAGAUCAGAAAACCUGCUCACGUGAGGACAUGUGCGCAGCUGGAAACCAUGACUGUGAACAAAUAUGUGUGAGCACAGCAACAUCUUAUUACUGCAGGUGUCAUCCAGGUUUUACAUUGAAUGAGGAUCAGAAAACAUGCUCACGUGAGAAUAUGUGUGCUAUUGGAGACCAUGACUGUGAGCACAUAUGUGUGAGCACAGCAACAUCCUAUUACUGCAGGUGUCGUCCAGGUUUUACAUUGAAUGAAGAUCAGAAAACCUGCUCACGCGAGGACAUGUGUGCUGCUGGGAACCAUGACUGUGAGCAAAUAUGUGUGAGCACAGCAACAUCCUCUUACUGCAGGUGUCGUCCAGGUUUUAUUUUGAAUGAGGAUCAGAAAACUUGCUCACGUGAGGACAUGUGCGCAGCUGGAAACCAUGACUGUGAACAAAUAUGUGUGAGCACAGCAACAUCUUAUUACUGCAGGUGUCAUCCAGGUUUUACAUUGAAUGAGGAUCAGAAAACAUGCUCACGUGAGAAUAUGUGUGCUAUUGGAAACCAUGACUGUGAGCACAUAUGUGUGAGCACAGCAACAUCCUAUUACUGCAGGUGUCGCCUAGGUUUUACAUUGAAUGAAGAUCAGAAAACCUGCUCACGGUUGGAUGCAUGUGCUAUUGGAGACCAUGACUGUGAGCAGAUAUGUGUGAGCACAGCAACAUCCUAUUACUGCAGGUGUCGUCCAGGCUUUACAUUGAAUCGGGAUCUGAAAACAUGCUCACGUUUGAAUAGGUGUGCUACUGGAAACCAUGACUGUGAGCAAAUAUGUGUGAACACUACAACAGGAUAUAACUGCAGGUGUCGUCCAGGUUUUAUAUUGAACGAGGACCAGAAAACCUGCUCACGUGUGGAUUUGUGUGCCAUUGGAAACCAUGACUGUGAACAAAUAUGUGUAAGCACAGCAACAGGCUAUCACUGCAAGUGCCGUACAGGUUUUAUAUUGAAUGAAGACCAAAAAACCUGUGCAAAAGAAGCGCAGAGAAAGAUCACUAUUCAAGAUCCAUGCAAAUGUGAAGCUUUGCUUGAUUUCCAAAGGGAUGUCGAAUCCAAUUUCCAAGCACUGGCUAGUAAAAUUGAUCAUGUAACAAAAAAAAUGCAAGCAUUUGAAAACGAGCUGGGUCGAUUCUGAACAUUGUGCGAGCACUCUCUUUGAAGAGUGCAUGUUAUUUGUCAUUUCUGGUUGACUAAUAGACCAUUUUAUUGAGAACAGUUCUUUCCAAGCUUUUAUUAUAAUCUUGAUCUGACUAGUUACUUUUAUUUCUGUGCUGCGACUUUAGGUUUUAAAACAAAGCAGAGAAUAAUAAGAUAUGCCAUGAAGAAAACUGAAGCCAUUCAUUCAGGUGUUACUAUAUAUUGGCUCAGUUGUUGAAAGUAUUGAUUUUACUACUGUGACAUAUUGCAUAAAUGAUAUGUAUCAAUAUUAGUCUUAACUGUAUACACUUCAUAAAUAAGUAAGUUAGUAGAUGAAAGAAAUUAGAGGUAAAGGAAUGCUUAAAUAUAUUAUGUACAAAAUUUACUAC